AUGGAUGACAGAGGCAAGAACUCCGAUCGCGAGGAGCGCGACAAUCGCAGCGUAGAGGAGCGGUUCUACAGCAUGUCAUUUAAACAGCUGGUCGAGACAUUGCGUUCCGAUUUAGAUCCGGAAAGCAUGGCUUUUGUCAGGCGGCUCUUCAUCGGAGGUGGAGAGCCUCGAGAGCAACUCAGGGAUAGGGACCCGGCAUUCAUGAGAUGGGUUGACCGUCUCCGUCGGGAGGGAUCAGCUGGCAGAUCUGACGAGGAGGGCACACCGGCCUCUGGCAGUAAAAGCCCUGCAGAUAGGGGAGGCCAAUCUUGCAAGGAGGAGGCUGAUGAGCACUCGGUCCGCGCACCCAGCACCAAAGAUACUGGAGCAAAGGAGCGUCCCACAAGCGAGCAGAAGGAGGGUCAUGGAAAGUAG